CACGGGUUUCGCAGAUGUUGCCGUCUGCCCAUAAGACGUGGCGUUUUCUUGCAAAGGCUUGCAGAGGAACACUCUGCCCCUUGUUUGGAUUAGACUCGUGUAUGUAAGCCAGGUGGAAAACAACAUCAAACCGCCGCCUGCCAUCUUCAACAUGCCAGCACCGACUCGCUGUCAAGCCUUGACGUGGCUUGCUGCGGCCACUUGUCUGCUCCAGCCGGUACAGGCAGAUGGCACCUACCGUAGCCGGCCAGACCUGUCACCACCACACCUCAACAUCACCAUUCCUUGUGACGGCCGCUGCGAGGCUGGCUAUCUCUUUGUGGCCCCGUUCACGGGGUAUGCUGACCCUGUCGACCAUGGGCCGCUCCAGGCGGCGCCAUACAUCUUGACCGACGAGGGCGACCUUGUGUGGUCUGGCUUCACCUACUUCUCGACCUGGUCCGGCAACUUCCAGGCUGCCCGUUGGAGAGGCCGCGAUGUCCUCUUUUCCUUCGAGGGCGCCCACAACAGCCUCCACGGCCACGGCCAUGGCCACCACACAUUCCUCGACCAGGACUACCAGACCAUCCGCGAGCUCCGUGCCGGCCACAACAUGCUGUCCGACAAGCACGAGUUCAUUGUGCUCAACGAGACCACGGCCCUCUUCCAGAUCUACCACCCCAUUCAGAUGGACCUGAGCGCAUACGGGGGCACCCCGGAGCAGACGUGGAUUGUGGACGCGCGCUUCCAGGAGGUGGACAUUGAGACCGGCAAGGUCCUUUUCGAGUGGCGCAGUCUUGACUGGGCGUCGCCCGACGAGACGGCGCUCCCGCUUCCCCUGGGCCAGGCUGGCAUUGGCCACAACAGCUCGACCGCAUGGGACUACUUCCACAUCAACUCCAUCACCAAGGGCGACGACGGCCACUACCUCGUGUCCGCCAGGCACGCCUCGACCGUCCUCAAGGUCAACGGCACCGACGGCUCCGUCAUCUGGCGGCUCGGCGGCCACAAGUCCGAUUUUGAGCUGGGCCCCAACGUCACCUUUGGCUUCCAGCACCACGCCAGGUACUUGUCCGGGGGGGACCCGGUCCCGCUCUCCACCACCGAGGUCAUCUCCCUCUUUGACAACUCGGUCUACGGGUCCGAGUCGGCCGGCGGGGGCGACAAGGAGGUGCACCUCUUCCCCUGGUCGCGCGGCAAGUACAUCGAGCUCGACCACGCGGCCAAGAAGGCGACGCUGGUCAAGACGUUCCACCCUCCUAACCACUCGAUCCUCGCCAAGUCCCAGGGAUCUCUGCAGACCCUGCCCAGAGGCAACGCCCUCAUCAACUGGGGCUCCGAGGGGCAGAUCACAGAGUUCAGCACCGAGGCCGGGGAGCAGCCAAUCUUCCACGCGUUCCUCGACAGCGGGUUCCUCCAGGACAAGCUCCAAAACUACCGCGCCUUCCGAUACAACUGGACGGGCUUCUCGCCAGAGACGAUCGCCGUGGUUGCGGAGCACCCGAGGCCGGGCGGCGGCGGCGGCGCUCAGCUGGAUUAUCACGAGGGGGACCAGGUCGACAGCUCGGCUGUCAACGUGUACGUAAGCUGGAACGGCGACACGGUCACCAAGAGCUGGAGACUGUCGUGGUCCCAGGAGGACUCCAGCACUGCCGUCGUCACCCAGCAUGCCCGCGAGUACAAGAGGACGGGGUUCGAGACGGCCAUGAGGAUCCAGCCCUCGACCCGGGCCCUGGUGAGCGGUGUCCGGGUCGAGGCGAUCGGUGAUCAUGGCCGGGUUCUGUCUGUGUCGGAUCCGGUUGAAGUAGGCCCUGCCGCGCCGUGGACCCAGCCAUGGCAGCCGCGGGAGAGGAAAGGGGCUUCUGCUUCGUUCGACGGACACAACAACCAGCAGCCACUGCUUGCCGUGGGCGGGCGAGCUGUGAGAGGGAAUAUCUUCAAGUAGAUAGAUACCGGGUGCUAAGUGGCGGCAGGCAAUGGCCUGACAAGAUGACCAGCAGAAACUUCAGGUCUAUUCGCGGGAAAAGGGGGAGCGCACGUAAUUUUCAAAUCGUAUAGAGUGUAUAACAAUAGGAUGAGCGUCAAGCGUCGCAAGAAUGAUAGCUGCUGCAAUGGGGAGAAUGGAAG